ACCUGUUUUUACAGAUGUUCCUGUACUCACAUCUGGACACGUCACGUUUGUCACAGCAGAUUUAAAUCUGAGAGGAGUUUUCCCCAAACUGUCAUUAUUUCUGCUUCGAGUGACGUCGAACAUGACGUGUGCAGCACAGUGAGACAGAAGUGAUCCUGACAGGAAUUAUUCCUGCUGUAAUAUACAUCACAGAUGUCAGUUCAGCACCAGACCACAGUAACAUGAACACGCACAAAACAUCCAGCACAUGAAACGAUGCUGUUUCUGUCAGAAAGAGGUUUUCUGACACUCGUGAGGGUUUGGAGGGAAACAGUCUGGGAGUCUCUGUCACCUGGUUUAUGGCAGAGGUCUGGAACCAAGGAGGGCUGUUGAAGUGGGACUCUUAAUGGAGACGGGACGAUCCAAAAAGAGGGUGGAGCCCGGUGGAGUCCGAUGGCUGAGACCAGGUCUGAGGAAGUAUUCCUGUGAACUCACACUCGACACAAACACAGUGAACAGAAAGAUCAAACUGUCUGACGACAACAGGAAGGCGACACAUGUGGAGGAGGAUCAGCCAUAUCCUGAUCAUCCAGACAGGUUUGUCUGCUGGUCUCAGCUGCUGUGUAGAAAUGGUCUGACUGGUCGCUGUUACUGGGAGGUCGAGUGGAGAGGAUGGGUUGUUAUAUCAGUGAGUUACAGAGGAAUCAGCAGAAGGAGAGGAAACAGUGAAGACUGUGUGAUUUGAUGA